AUGGCAAAUGUGGAGAGCAAAGAAGACAAAAUACAUUUGUCGGUUUUUAUUUUGUGGGGUUUGUGGAAAGCAAGGAAUAAAUGGUGCUUUGGAAAAGAGUGGUUGCGUGCUUAUCAAAUUAUGAACAAUGCUUGGGCCGAAUGGUUGGAGUAUGAGAAAAUUAAAGAAUUUAAAUCGUUGGGUGCUCAUGGAUCGGGGCUUGGGGGUUGUGCCUGGAAUGAUCAGCGUGUAAUUCAAAGGGCUUGGUGUUCUUUUAGGGAGUCCUGUCAGGAUCUAGUGGAAGAACAACUUCAAGCAAUUAGACUGGCGUUGGUGAAUGCGAUUCAAGCCGGUUGGAAGAAUAUUAAAGUGUAUUCAGAUAUGGAGGAUAUUGCACGAAGACUAAAUUCUAGAGAAAUCAUAAAAACGGAUGUGGAGAAUUUCAGAGAGCUUGUCCAGAGACUUACAGGUAAACCAGAAGAUUUCAAAAAGGCGGACAACCUUUUAUCCCAAGUUCUGACUUGUAGAGAUCCAGAAAACAAACGCUCAGAUGUUUUACCUGUCUUGCAAGAAACACAAAUGAAGAAGGAGGUUGAAGAAAUAUUCGAGGCAGAAAAUCCGAAUUCGUAUUUGAGUUUUUGGAGGGAAGUGGAUGGAUUUCUUCAGGAACCAAAUGAAAAUCCUCUGCUCUCACUCAGGACAUCUCAGAUCAAUAUAUACAAUGAGGUAGUUCUACUGGAAACCUCAUUAAACGAGUGA